AGAGUCAUUGUAUUUUUUCUCUGGAGGAGCUGAGGAGUAUUUCCAGUGAACUGCCUAAGAAAGCACAUUACACAGUAGCUAUGACAGUCUAGUUUCUCACAAUUGAACCUGAAUCAGGAGUCUGUCCAUCCCCAACUUUCAAUUUAUUCUAGACGAAUACUAGUAUUUGGACUAGGAAUCUGCAUUUAAAGUGAUGAGAAUGUCUUUGUGGAAGAGGGGGCUACUUAUUUCACAGGUUGUGUUACAGUUGUUCUCAAGCCUGUCUUUGCAAUCUCAAGUUUAUGACCUUCUAGCAACACCAGAAUCCCUACCUGAUCUUGUGGAACAGGGACUCACAGCUUCAUCUGUGAAUGAAGUGUUCAUCCUUACAACAUUUAAGCUUCAGCCAAAGACAGGAACCACAAUAUUUGGCCUGUACUCUCGAAGGGACAAUACCAAGAUCUUUGAGUUCACAGUGCUUGGCAAGCUCAACAGAGCGAUUCUUAGGUAUCUGAAAAAUGAUGGAAAGUUAAACAUCGUCACCUUCAACAAUGUCCAGCUGGCGGAUGGCAAACAGCAUGCAAUACUUUUCCAUUUAAGUGACUUACAGCAAAGGUCCAUCACAGUGGAACUCUAUGUUGACUGCAAGCAAAUAGAAACUGUCAGAAAUCUACCUGCAGCAUUCAAAGGACUGCCAACAGAUUCUGGUCUGGUAGAGCUCAGGACACUUAAAGGAAAACCACAGGAAAUCCUUGAAGAUCUGAAAGUUGUGGUUGAUGAUUCACUUGAAAAUGUAGUGGCAACACAAGACUGUUCUCUACAACAGAGUGACUCUGCGCAGAAUUCUGGCAUCAGCGGAAGACAACUGUCAAAUCAGAUGGGUCAACUAACCAAAGUGAUUGAAGAGCUGAAAGAAGUCCUGAAGCAACAGGUCAAAGAAACAUCUUUCCUGAGAAACACUAUAUCGGAAUGCCAAGCCUGUCGUUUGGGUGGGACUGGAAUAGAACCAGAUGGAGAUGGGGAUGGAGAUGGGGAUGGGGAUGGGGAUGGAGAUGGCGAUGGAGAUGGCGAUGGAGACAAGGAUGGGAGAAAUCCCAUCCCCAUCACACCCAAGCCACGCUGUACCCCCAGCUCUUGUUUCCGAGAGGACAUGUGCAUGGAGACAGAAACUGGUUUCGUGUGUGACCGAUGUCCUGAUGGAUAUACUGGAGAUGGGUAUAACUGCGAUGAUGUGGAUGAGUGUCAGUUCAACCCCUGCUUUCCUGGAGUUCGAUGCAUCAACAUGGCCCCAGGCUUCAGGUGUGAGGCCUGUCCUCUGGGGUACACAGGCCAAGUAAUCCAGGGAGUGGGAGUGAGCUAUGCCAAAACGCACAAGCAGUCAUGCAGUGAUGUGGAUGAGUGCAAGGGACCCAAUAAUGGAGGCUGUGCACCAAACUCUAUCUGCUCGAACACCUUGGGUUCAUUCCGUUGUGAGGGAUGUAAAGCUGGUUUUGUUGGCGAUCAAGUGAGAGGCUGCCGUCCUGAAAGAAGCUGUGGUAACAGCCUGUUGAACCCCUGCAACGUAAAUGCGCAGUGCGUUGUGGAAAGAGAUGGAGACAUAAGCUGUGUGUGUGGCAUUGGCUGGGCUGGCAAUGGGUAUUUGUGUGGAAAGGACACUGACAUCGACGGCUACCCAGACGAAGAACUCAAGUGCAAAGACAGUAGCUGCCGAAAAGACAACUGUGUGUACGUCCCCAACUCUGGACAAGAAGACGCUGACAGAGAUGGGUAUGGUGACGCAUGUGAUGACGAUGCAGAUGGGGAUGGCAUUCCCAAUGAGCAGGAUAACUGUGUUCUGACACCCAACGUGAACCAGAAGAACAAUGACAGAGAUGGAUUUGGGGAUGCCUGUGACAACUGCAGGACAGUAGAGAACCCCGAUCAGAGGGACACUGACAGUGAUGGGAAGGGAGAUGCCUGUGAUGAUGACAUGGAUGGUGACGGUAUUAAAAAUUUUCUGGACAACUGUCAGAGAGUACCCAAUGUGGACCAGAAGGACAGAGACAAUGACGGAGUGGGAGAUGUUUGUGACAGCUGUCCGGAUAUUGGCAACCCCAAUCAGUCUGAUAUUGAUAAUGAUCUUGUUGGAGACUCCUGUGACACAAACCAAGACAGUGAUGGAGAUGGCCACCAGGACAGCAAGGACAAUUGUCCCAACGUCAUUAACAGCUCACAGCUGGACAGUGACAAGGAUGGCCUUGGAGAUGAGUGUGAUGAUGACGAUGACAAUGAUGGUAUUCCAGACCUUCUUCCACCGGGACCUGAUAAUUGCAGGCUGGUACCCAACCCGGACCAGGUGGAUGAUAAUGCUGAUGGAGUUGGAGAUAUCUGUGAAAGUGACUUCGAUCUGGACACAGUGAUUGACAGAAUUGAUAUCUGCCCAGAGAAUGCCGAGGUCACUCUCACUGAUUUCAGAGCCUACCAGACUGUCGUUCUGGACCCUGAGGGAGAUGCUCAGAUUGAUCCUAACUGGGUUGUUCUCAAUCAGGGUAUGGAGAUAGUGCAGACCAUGAACAGUGACCCUGGACUUGCAGUUGGUUACACUGCAUUCAAUGGAGUUGACUUUGAAGGCACUUUCCAUGUCAAUACUGUGACAGAUGAUGACUACGCUGGUUUUAUCUUUGGCUACCAAGACAGCUCGAGCUUUUAUGUGGUCAUGUGGAAACAAACAGAACAGACCUAUUGGCAGGCAACCCCUUUUAGAGCUGUGGCUGAACCUGGCAUUCAGCUGAAGGCUGUGAAGUCCAAGACAGGUCCUGGAGAGCAUUUAAGGAAUUCACUCUGGCACACAGGAGACACUAAUGAUCAGGUCAGACUCCUGUGGAAAGACCCCAGGAAUGUGGGAUGGAAGGACAAAGUCUCAUAUCGCUGGUACCUCCAACACAGACCCCAGGUUGGAUAUAUCAGAGCCCGGUUUUAUGAAGGUACGGAGCUGGUUGCUGACUCCGGAGUUACUAUUGACACCACAAUGCGUGGUGGUCGGCUCGGUGUGUUCUGCUUCUCUCAGGAAAACAUAAUUUGGUCCAACCUGAAAUAUCGCUGCAAUGAUACAAUCCCCGAGGACUUCCAAGAAUUCAGAGUGCAGAACGUCGGAAGUGAUGCUAUUUAAUUGAACUGCAAAAAGUUUUAAAAAACUACAGAAAAGUGAACUGAAAUAUCUUGUCACUAAAUAUUCAUUACAAGCCCCAACAGCUUCUCUCUAGCCACUGUACACAAUUCAGUCCUAUGCAGUUUUGCAUUUUUUUCUUAAUAAUUAUGGAUAAAAAAUGUUUAUAUUUUCAUUUCUAAUAUGUACAUUAAUUUGGCAAUUCUGCUGCAUAACGUAAAACAGGACAUGGAGUGAGUUCUAGAUUUUAACCUUGGUAUACUCACUCCUGCACCUGGUUAACCACAGGGUCAUCUAGUUUUAAUUAUUCUUCAGAUUGAGGACACUGUGUUUCACAACUUUGGUGUUAGCAUGGCUUUUGGAGCCUGUAGACCUCCACAUAAAUCAUCAAAUUAAUGGAGAACUACAUAAAUAUAAAAACAUCUAUACAUUUAAUAAACUGACAUUAAUUAACUAAUUGAUUAACUUUUCUUUGUAUUGUAUUUUUUUAAGAAGAAAUGCCAAGUAAUACCAAUUUUGAGCUAAAUGUAAGUAACUACUGAUUAUCUUAGUAAAAAAAAUUAAACAUGCUAAUAACUUAUGAGGAACAAGUAAAGGUUAAUUCCACACUGAAAAAAAGAAAGGAGAAAUACAAAGGUUCGUCUUCUUCAUUGAGGGAUGAACUUUACUUGUGGCUCUGCAUCCAAUGUACACUGACACAACUCCACACUUAAACAUCUUCAAAACAGCCUUAGUGGUCUAGAAUACCACAAGCAUCUGAAUAGAUUGGUUAUGGUGAUUUUUACUAACACCUAAAAAGCCUGUAGUGUUGUUUGAGAGGAUUUUAUUUUAAACUAAUUCUGUAGAUCAAAAAAAAUAAAUAAAAACAAACUUAUAUUUGAAAACCAGUGCAAAUCAAACCAAAGCGGACACCUUACCAUCACUAUCAUGGCGUGUUUAAUCACAUGUUUUAGCCUGUCUACAAAGAUCUUGUAGUACCAUUGAAUUGUGGCGAGGUUGGGAGUAAUAAACUGGAAGAGAAUGUUUCAGGCUCAACAAGAUAACCUCAUUGCCCUUUACCUUACUGCAGGCAUGGUCGUCACUGGGGAAGGUAGCUAAGGCCUGAGGAAGAGAGGGGAGAGACAGGUGUAUCUGCUGAAAAUGAUAGGAGGCAAAGAGACCAAAAGGGGAUCCCUACCUGUUUUUACAGGGCGGAAAAGGUUUAACUUAGAGGGGAAAUGGCAAAGGCCUCUGGAUCAAUCCUCUCUGGGGGGAAUAGAACACUACAGUAUAUAUUUAGAAGGUAAGAAGUACCAGGUGGAAGAAAUGUGAUGUGAUGGCAACCCAAAUGGUUAUUUAUACAGAUGCUAUAUAUAAAGUAUAUAGUACAUGAAUCCCCUUCUUCAAAAGGAAAAAAUAGGCCAGUUACUCUUUCAAGUUUCUAGAACAUGGGUGACAUAUAUUCCCAUGAGCUUUCUCAAUGAAGCAUGUAGCAUUGAAGAAAUAAAACAUCUCGAUGGAAGCUCAGAUUUGAUCAAAUGGAACUGGUUUAGGAACAAAAUGGAGUUUGUUGUCUUGUUUUUUUUUUCUUCUUUGAAAGGAGUGCCAUUUUUUCCCAUCUACAGCAGACAUUUCCUUCAGAAGAGCAGUCUGACAGAUGCCCAGCUAUGGCAAAAAAAUAUUGAGCAUUCGUUUUUAUUCUUUUGUUGUAAAUUGGCAACAUAUUUUCCCAACUGUAAAAAAAAUAUUUGCGGGGCUGUAGUUUGGAUAGAAAUUAAGGAAAGAAAGUAAUUUGGUACAUUUUCAUUGCGAAAUAGAACAUGCGUUGCCAUCCUGAAAAACUUCAGGUAUAAUGCCAACAAUUCAUUAUAUAAAUAGUUGUAAUUUUAGGACAAUGUGGAGAUUCAGUUAAAAACUAAAAUUGCAUCUUUUAUGCUGUCGAAGCUAGUGGAAUGCUUCAGAAAUUUGAGCUGACAAUCUCGAUUAAUAUUACAAAGGGAAAGGUAACAAGGUCAAUCGAAUGGACUACUUAAGGCAAAACACUGAAUCAAGGACGCAGAAACACAAAUGUAAAUUGUAGUGCAUUAAAGGCAAGGAUAGGAUACACUUCUUUAUAGACAUUUUUUUAAUUGGGAACAGGCUCCCUAUCCAUAUAGAUCAAAGAGAAUUCCAUUGAACUUUUCCAAAACAGGUUGAUAAGAUGCUUGAAUCCUUGGAUAAAUUAAGUGUGAUUAAAUGUGAUAGACUGAAUGGUCUUCUUCAUAUUGUAA